AUGGAAGAUUAUCUGUUUCGACACUACGUUGAUCAAUGCCGCGUCGUUCGCGAGGAUACUAGCUACAUCGAGAUUUUCAAUUACUCGGAUCCCUUUUAUAACGUCUGCGAGGAGCAUCCUUUGCCGGACGAUGAGUUUGAUAACUUUUUACAUCAAACCGGUGCCUUUGCACCACCAGACAACUUGAGGUCCGAUACCAAGCUGCUCAGCGGUGUCCGAUUAGUAGUCCAAAAGAAUGCCAAGCACCCCGAUACGUUUCUUCCAAAGGUUAUCUCACUUUCUUCAGAGAAAUAUGGAUCUAUGGUUCGCGCCAUGAAUCUGCCAUAUCGUGGUAUCGAAACAAACUCUGUGGUCGGCCCUUUCUUCUGGUCUGCGCAUGAUCAGGAUGACGAUAACCCUCACUUGCAUAUUGUCCACCGAAAAUCAGAUGUUCUCAAAAAGGGCAGGACGAGAGGUUGGGAGAUGCUCCUCUCUCAUUCAUUCAAGACCGGUAUUACUACUGGUUUCAUCAAAGGAACCCCCAGCUCGGAAGUGGAAAAGUCUUUAGACCAUCUCAAGGCUUGCGCCGACCAAGGAGGGCAUCCGCUUCUACUUCCUAUCAUCAUCCUUACAUACGACCUAUCUCCUGAAAAUGACGAAAAACAACGUAAAGCUCGACAUUGGCUCCGUCGUCUUGAAAAUGCUGUCAGCCUGCGAAAUGAAGUCGAGGAGCAGGAGCAGUAUUUCCAGAACGGUUUCAUUGACAUUGAUGGGCUUAGCCGUGACCUCGUUGAAUGUCAUGGCAAUGUCAUGUGGAAACGUCCUCAGGCAUAUGAAGCACUCGCCAAAGAGAUGGAGAAGGCCAUGGAGACCUUCCGAUUUGUUUGGCUCACUCUAAGUCCGGCCGUCGAAGAGCAAUGCGAAGCUGAACGAAAGCAUCGCAAGGAGAUUGAAAAACUGCAUCGAAGUAUGGUGUCGCGAUUGGACUUCUACAAGGUCAAGCUUAAGGGCUUGGAGAAUUACAUUCAUAUCACUCUGGAGAGACUCAAGGUUCAGCGCGAAGCUCUUUACAACAUCAUGUCCCAACGCGAGGCAAGGCUGAACCUCGAGAUUGCAGGAGAGCAAAGGCGAAUAGCUCAUGCCAGUAAGCGGGAUAGCACGGCCAUGAAGACGUUAUCCCUUAUGGGUGCACUGUUUCUACCAGGAACCUACCUCGCCUCUGUCUUUAGCAUGACCUUCUUUGACUUUGGAGCCGAUGCCGAUCCUGUCAUUUCUGUCGAACUCUGGGUCUACUUUGCAAUAACAGUUCCAGUUACAGCCCUAAUCGUUGGUUGCUGGAUGUUCAUCGACAAACGACGUCAAGAACAACACAAGAAAGACGACGCGGACUUGGAGAAGAAUAUUGACAAGAUGGAGAAAGAGAUAAUGUUUGCGCUUCGCAAGCGAACGAUGAGCAAGGCUAAUACCUGGAACACCGUAAGCCCGCCCCCAAAACCAUAA